UUGAAAACUUGCAAAGUGGAGCAAAUAAUCUGAAUCAUAUGUAUAUUUAAAGUUCUUCGUCUUGAUAUAAUAUUUAAGUAACAAUAAUUAACAAAAUUGCAUGCGUAAUAGAACGCAAUCUAAUAUUACUGCUAUCACUGAAGCGUGUCUUUUCUGAGCAAUGUCGAACGACAUGAACUCGAAAAUUGAUAAAAUUAUGCAAAUGUUGCGCAAAUGUCAUCCUGAUGAUUUCGGUAAUGAAUCAAAAGUAAGAGAAACGAAGGAAUCACAAGAAAAAAGUGAAGAGGAGAGGUUGAAGGAGAUAAAAAAUAAUACAGAAAAAUUGCUUGCAAAUGUACCAUGCAACUAUGUAGGAAGUAUUGAAUAUGCCAGUUUGAAUAAAAUGCAGGCACUUUGUAAUUUAGCGAUUGGAGAUGAACUCACAGCCAUUCAUCAUUUAGUUGAAUCUCAUGCAGCGAUACUUCGACAACACAUUUUGCACAGAUAUCAAAAGAGUCAAUUUUACGAGCCUAUACGGGAUAAGCCUCAAAUAUAUGGAUUGAAUCCAACACAUGUAAAGUUUGAAACAAAAUUUACAGACAAUAAUGAAUCUUUAAAAUCAAAGCUCUCGGAACUACCAAAAGAAUGGUAUAUGAUUCAAGUGACUGCCCAGUAUGAAUCUCCAAGUUCAUUAAGGUAUAAGGGAAAACACACCUCUACUGUGAUGCAUCCCAUGCAUAUUACAAUAUUGCCCACAGGGCCAUCUGACAUAGAACCUUUAUGCAUAACUUUACCGAAACCAGAAACCCAGGUAUCUUAUGAUAUCUGUCAAGAGAUUACAAAUUUAUUGGGUAACUACAGCUCUGAAUUAAAAGCCACUUAUGCAAAUACUAAACAGUAUUGGAAGAUGCGGGAAAGUCAAAACAAAACAAUGAAGGUAGCUAUAAAUGGAUUAGAAAAGAUAUGGUUGCGUGAAUGGAGAAUACUAUUUAUGGCUGAUCCUAUUGAAAAUUUAGAAAUUGUAGAGAAUAUGCAUCAAAUGAUUGAUAAAUUGAUAUUAGAUUUCAAACCUUCCACCGAAAUAUCAAAGCGAUGCAGAUGGCUUCUGAGAAAAUUAUCUACAAGCGCAUGUUUUCUCACGCGUGAAGAAAUAGCGCGUGCAGUGAAAUAUCUUCUUCCUGAGUACGAAAAACUGGCGCAUAACAUUAUUUUAUCUAUUUAUGGAAAGUUACCAUUUAUAAGAUCUUUGGAAAGUGCAAAACGGAAAACGUUAGUUCUAAUUAUCGACGAGAAUAUGGAUUAUUUAGCGUUUGAAGCCAUGGAAAUAAUUAAGACUCAUCCCGUCACUCGUUUCCCGUCUCUACACUUGGCAUAUGCAUUAUUUAAAGAACAUGAAAGCACUAUGGUAGAAGGUUGUAAAAUAAUUACAACUAAAGAAGAUAUGGGAGUAUGUAUGGUGAAUCCAUCAGGCGAUCUAGAAAAAAUGGAGAAACGUAUAAAGCUUUUUAUGAAUUUUUGGCUACCAGAAUGGAAAACUUACAAAACGGAGCUUAAUGAAGAGUUGUUCGAAGAUGCGCUAAUAAAUCAUGAGAUUUUAAUGUAUACAGGUCAUGGCAGUGGAAUAGAUUAUUUAUCUGGAGAAGAGAUUGAAAGAAUAAAAGUGAGAUCCACUGUUUUAUUAUUCGGUUGUAGCAGCGUGAAAUUACUUAUGAUAGGCGGAAGAUAUCCACCUUUCGGUAUUUCAAAUCAAUAUUUAAUAGGAUGCAGUCCUUGUCUCCUGGGCAUGCUGUGGGAAAUAACAGAUAUUGAUAUUGAUAAAAUGACUACACAUUUUAUGAGUACUUGGAUUCCUUCGUCAUCUGAGAAACCAUGGAGUGAGGUGGAUUUAGAUAGUUGGAGUUCCGGUACUUUAAAAUUCACGAAGAAAGUAGAGGGGAACAAAAUGGAAAUAGAGCCAGAAAUGUUACGGGCAGUGGCAAAGUCUAAAGAGAAAUGCUCUCAUUUUAUGACAGCAGCUGCAAUAGCAGUACGAGGCUUACCAAUAAAAAUAAUUUCUUCCUGAUAUUAUAGAUAAAUAU